AGACCACUUUUCCAGUUCGAUUGCUUUCUGGUUCCACAGCUUCUUCUUCCUGUCUCAAACCCUUCCCUUGUUGGGUAUUCGUUUCCUCAAACCCCAGUCUAUCUAUCUAUCUACCUAGCUCAGACUCACCACUCUAGCAAGUCGUCGUGUGUCCAGUGCUGCGUCCCGAGAAGAGGGCACGUAGUCUCCCUUCUUCUUCUUCUUCUUCUUCUUCUUCUGUGUUUGAGGUGGUCUGGGUUGGCUGGUUAGUAUCCGGAUGUGCUUCGACUGCCUAGCUCUGCAAUUUCGGCUCAGUAAGGCUUGAAUCGCUUGAUUGAAUGCACGACUCCCAACUUCGGACCUAAUUUCAUGACUGUGGAUAUGUACCGCGGAUAUGUAUCGAAAGCUUAGACAUCUGAGUGGCAGUAGCAUUCCUCCAGCCACCAUAGCCCAGCAGCUCAGAAACUCCCUGCAAGCUUACUGUCCAACAUCCUUGCCCGCUGACACUCCUCCGUCGAAUGAAGCGACCAUGAAUCACAAGCCUAUAGCACGAAGCGACUCGCAUUUUCCUGACCCUUUCUGGUUGCUACAAGACUUCUCUAGCGAUAUCCCUGAUCAGCGGGAUGUGAACCCGAAUCCGUUGGUUCCGAACAGUUCACAAACUUCGACGAGCAUGUGGGGGGGUGUUGUUGGGGACCGGGAGUUCUCUACCCAGCCUGUCACUGCACCAGCUUCUAAGCAUUCUCAAAGUUCUCCUAUAAUAGGCUCACCUGGUGAUGAUGUUAUGGAAAUACCUGCCAACUCCUCCGAUACUGCUGAGGAAAAACCAGGUGGCAGGAAGUGUUCCCACAGUCGUUGUGUUGCAUCAAAAAACCUGGUGUCGGAGCGUAAGAGGAGAAAGAAACUCAAUGAGGGACUCUUCCAAUUGCGGGCUGUGGUUCCGAAGAUCAGUAAGAUGGACAAAGCCUCCAUCAUUGGCGAUGCAAUAGCCUACGUCCGUGAACUCCAGAAAGAGCUUGAGGAGAUAGAAUCUGAGAUCGACGACUUGGAACAGAAGUGCACUGGAUCAGUUGGCGAAGAAACAGGGUCAGUGGAAGAGGCAGGUACCGGAGCGAAUUUCUCCAGCCCAACCUAUUCCAAUCCGGCUUCUGGAGUAGAAAUUCAGGGAGCUGAGCCCGGAGUUGACAGUGUUGAUGUAGUUUCGGCCGAUGCAACUCAAGUACAAUUGCCAGCUCGACUGGCUCAGAAAAUCUUGGAAGUGGACGUGGCAAGGCUGGAGGAACAGACCUACCAUUUUCGAAUAUUUUGCCAAAGAGGACCAGGUGUGUUAGUGCAACUGGUGCAAGCGGUGGAAUCUUUGGGUGUACAAGUUAUAAAUGCACACCACACAGCCUUUCAGGAAAACAUUCUCAACUGUUUUGUCGCCGAGAUGGAUUCGAAAAUGGAAACCGAAGACGUGAAAAGAACAAUUUUUAGUGCAGCUGCUCAGUAUGGACUCGCGCAAGGCUGAUCAUGAAGGAUGUGGUGAAGCACUCUGACGAAGAGUAAUGACGCUCGUAUAGUUGAAUAAGAGGAUCUUUUUCGGGGUCCAUGCAUGCAGCCAAGGGUAUAUUUUCUGUAAAUAUAGUCAGCACAGAGGAUCGCAUUAGCGGCAGUUUCGUUGAGAAGGUUCAAUACUCUGAGGGAGGAUUAGUUUUGUUUUGGACUUAUCCAGAGAAUCUGCAGAAAAGUAAGAAAAGCAGUUCCUGGCAGCUCUUGAUCAGGUUGCUGGAUUGGCUGUAACUUAGGUUAAUGGAAAUCGCUCUGGCAAGUGCGCAUUUUUUCAAUCUU